GGCUCGCAAACACAGAUUUGGCGUUCUCUUUUCGCGUGCCCUAAGGGAGGCGGGUCCUCACGGCCUGGUCAUAGUGGGAGACUUCAAUGCCUCCCACACGGCAUGGGGUUACAGGACAUGCACUCCCAAGGGUCGGGAUAUAUGGACCCAAGCGCAACAACACCGUAUCACCCUGGUAACGGACCCCCUCCAGCAAACACGAAUAGGUACCAGCGUAACGGUUGACACGACACCGGACCUAACGUUCACACACAACACAGCCCUCUUAAACUGGCGAAAUCUCGGAGAACCGCUAGGUAGUGACCACUACAUACUUGAAACCACGGUAGGGGGGUGCCUUGGAAAAUCCCGUCGCAACCGCCUCCGCAUUACUAAAUGGGACGACUUUAGGGCCAGUAGAGAGGCAUCUGCAACCGAAACCAUUACCAACCUAGAAGAGUGGGCCUCCACUCUCCUAACAGACAUUCAACUGAACACCACGGACAUCCCAGACGAAGCCCACUUAGAGGCAAUAGACGCCCGCCUCCUUCGUCUCUGGGAGGCGAGGUCCAGCCUACAUAAGCGAUGGAAAACUCAGCGGCACAACCGCAAGUUACGCCGCAAAAUAGCCUACUUAGAUAGAGAAAUUGAAGAAUAUUCUCUGAAGUUACUAACCCAACAAUGGGGCCAGAUAUGCGACAAGAUGCAAGGGCAAUUGGGGCUUAAGCGCACAUGGCUUCUGCUUCGUCACCUCCUUGAUCCAACCUCAAGCAAGCACGAGCAGCAACAUCGACUUAAUACUUUCCUGCACCAAUGGCCGGGGACUGAGGACGAACUCCUCCAGGAACUCCAAUCGCGAUACGUAGGCGUCCCCCGGACUACUUCCUUGCCCCCGUAUGCAGGGUCCAGUAACCCCCUCCUGGAUUCGGACAUUACGGUCCCCGAGGUUCGUGCGGCUCUGCUUCAGCUUCAUACCAACUCGACGCCCGGCCCCGACCAAAUCACUAACAAGGCCCUUCGCAACCUGGAUGACCCUAACCUAGCCGCCAUUAACCCAGGCCCCCGCAUGUACGGGUACAUCAAGGCUUUCUUAACUGACAGGCAGGCAACCAUUACACUAGGGUCCCUCACCUCCGAUCCCAUACAACUGGGAAGCUACGGUACCCCCCAAGGCUCCGUACUUUCCCCCUUCCUUUUCAACUUAGCCCUUUUACCCCUUCCGGCUAAACUUAACACCCUUCCGGGACUUCAUUAUAGUCUCUACGCAGACGACAUUACGCUGUGGAUGGGAGGUGGCAGCGAUGGACACAUUGAGGCCACGCUACAAUCCGCCGUGGACAUCAUAGCAGUACACGUGGGAGCGGCCAACUUAUCUUGCUCUCCACAAAAGUCCGAACUCCUCCUACUGCGCCCCAGCAGAGUGGCCACGACCCCUCCCGAAAUCAGGUUGCAAGUAAACAACCAUCUCAUCCCUGAAGUUCCUACCAUACGAGUUCUGGGCCUCUUAAUCCAAAACAACGGCAAGAAUACACAAGCAUUACAAAAACUACAAAUAAGCGUAGAUCAAACGCUCCGACUCAUUCAUCGAAUCUCCUCACGACAUCAUGGCCUCAAGGAGCAGGAGAUGCUUCGGCUGGUCCAAGCCUUUGUGAUUAGCCGACUUGUCUUCUCCACUCCCUACCUUCCCCUACAGCGAGCAGAGCUCGACAAAGUUAACGCCCUUAUUAGAAAAACCUACAAGGCGGCCCUCAGCCUCUCGCCCUCUACCUCCACCGAUAGACUCCUUAAAUUAGGAGUCCAUAACACGGCCGAGGAAUUAGCCGAGGCCCAUCUCACCGCACAAUACGAACGGCUAUCCACUACUCAGGCAGGCCGACACAUCCUCACGUCGCUGCAGAUUAACUUCCCAUCCAACCCAUCUCACAAAUGCUCCCUACCCCUCGAUAUCCGCCAAUCACUCCAGGUUUCUCCUAUCCCACGAAACAUGCACCCUCAAUAUCACGAACAGAGGCGCCUUAAGCGCGCCGAGGCCCUCCAUAAGCGACUCGGCGGCCGAGAGGACGUGGCCUACGUCGACGCCGCUGAAUACACCCGCCGAGAGGCGUUUGCCCUCUCGGCGGUUAACGAUGCAGGCUCCCUUCUGACCUCCGCAACUCUUUACACUACACUUUCAGAAGAGGCAGAAGAGUUCGCCAUUGCUCUGGCGAUGACCAACACCUCCGCCACCACAAUCGUUAGCGAUUCCAAAACAGCUAUCCGUAAUUUCAUGAAGGGGCGAGUUUCCCCCUACACCCUACGCCUUCUCACCACACACCCUCCUCACCAUUCUGUCCACCUAAUCUGGACCCCUGCGCACUCCUCCCUUCCUGGCAACGAGGCCGCCCACACUUCCGCCCGAGGACUCACCGACCGGGCUGGGGACCCCGCACCUCCUGGGAUGGAGUUUCGCACGGCCCGGGACCGAUUGGUCACCUUCCACGAGAUCACAAACCAUUAUCGACUAAGGCGGCGCAUCUACCCUCCCCCACACCCUUCCCUGCCUCGAGCUCAAGCCACUACGUGGCGACAGCUCCAGACCAACUCAUAUCCCAAUCCGGUCCUCUACUCCCAUAUACACCCAGGCCUCUUCACCCCCUCUUGUGCGCUAUGCCAUGGGAGGGCAGACCUAACCCAUAUCAUUUGGAAUUGCCCGAAGGACCCUUGGCCCGACGGGCCUGGCAUUGCUACCCUGGGGCAGUGGGAGGCCACGCUGCUCAGCUCGGACCCGGUCCUUCAGGACAGGGUCACCCAACGGGCUGAGUGGGUCGCUGGGGUCCAUGGACUCCUAGCCACCAGGCGGGGAUAAGCUCCCUAUCCUGCCCGCUCAACAAUCACCCUAAGACAAAUAAAGUUUUUCC